UUGGGCCACCGGGCAAUAGGGGAUCAUGGGGCCCCUGUGUCCUUGCCCAAACUCAAAAAAGUCUAUGAAAAAGGUACCAGGGGCAUUUCAUGGGGCCCCCUACUGACCCCGGCCCUCGGGCAGUGCCCGAGUUUCCAAAUGGUCAGUCCGCCCCUGUUUACAACAUUAGCUCAGCAAUGGCUGCCCAUUCAUUUUGCUCAGUACCCUUCUUUGAUGGUGUUUUCCUUUAACAAGAGGGGUUAUAACCUGUCAGUUUAUUUUUUUCAUCUGUGUCCCCAUUAUAAGAUGUCCCCC